AUGGUUCACGGAGAUAUCAAGCCAGCAAAUUUCCUCAUUUGUCAAGACGGUAAAAUACGUCUUUGCGACUUCGAAAGUGCAUGCCCAGAGGAUGAACCCGUUGGGCUAUGGGGGCCGUUAAUUGAUGAUUUGGGAGGUACGGCGUUCACUGUUCGCUAUCAAAAUAAACAUCGAGAACAAUAUGUACCGCCCGCGAGAAAUGAUGAUUGGUACGCUUUGGCAAUAUCUGUUUGGGAGUUGUACACGGGAAAAACACCAUUUGAAAGUAUCGCGGAUACCGGGGAGUUGAGAGACCACCUGCGUACAGGUCAGACAGUGGAUUUGGCGGAAGUGAAAGAUAGUGAAACGAGGGAAUGGAUCCGAAAGAUUCUACGGGAAGGGGGCGCUUUAGUGUAA